AUGGCGGAGUUCCACGUGUAUUUCCUGUCUCUCCUAGUUUUAUCUUGCUGUUUGCAGAUUUUAGCGGGGUAUGGAAUACGUUGUCUUCAGUUUUGGUAUGUAUUUUCUUGGCCUAUCAUGUGUGAUGUUUUGGUUCUACUUUUGUUUCUGCAGGAGAGAUUUUUACACGAUUCUAGGCGUCCCUCGAGACGCCAACAAAAACCAAAUCAAGCGAGCUUACAGAAAAUUGGCGAUGAAGUGGCACCCAGAUAAAAAUAAGGAUGACCCUCAAGCGCAGGAGAGAUUUCAGGAUUUAAGUGCUGCAUAUGAGGUUUGUUAUCAAAAUAUGUAUUUCACCAGUGUUAAUCUAAUCCUUCAGACUUCCAGAAAUUCAAUCCGCAAUGGAAGCCAUGCAGUGAAUUAUUCAAGCAGUCUUCUAUAUGACUGCACGUUUUUUAACGGAAAAUCCGAGAUGCACAGAAUAUAGAUCCUGUUUCGCAAGAUAUUAUGCCUUCAAGCUGGAUCGGUGCAAAAGUAUUUUAACUUUAAAAACAGGGCUAAAUGAAAAUGUUUAUGUGCUCGAUACAGGUGGUUGUCAGCUUGAAACUUGAACUUUUAUUUUUAUGUACAAGAAAACUUCAAGGUAAACCAUUGAAUAUUUCAAACGACAGCUUGCUUUCACAGCUUUCAUAUUUUUAAUGGCAGAACGAACUGAUUUUUCAUUUAUCUUGCUGACGUUCUUAAUUCAAACCGAUGAGUUAUUUUUUCUUUCGCACAAUCCAUUUGUCAACAGACGUCGUAUUUAAACUGAAGGUUUUUUUCCACACAAUGCUUGCACAGUAUAUGUUGCACUGUAUCCAAUGAAAUAAACUUACUCAAUGUUUCAGUAUUAUUUAUCGCGAAGAAAAUUCAGGCUUUUAUGUAUCAGUUUCGAUUUUUAGCAUCAUAAAAUUCUCAGAGAAGUGAGUCAAAUUAUGUCUAUUAUGCAAAUCGCUCAAGGUGUCGGUCUGUCAUUGGCCCACCUUGUUGCAAUGUGGCCUGUACGUGUAAACAAGAUGUCACACACGCAAAGUCUUUCAGUUGGUUUCAUGGAAAAGAUACAACAUGGCUUUUAGUUUCCUGGCACUUAGGAAAUUUUAAGAACUGUUUUGAAUACUUGUUGACUGAAUGAGUGACAGUGAGUUACUACUGUUCAGCCUUUUUGAUUCUCAUGGAAGAACAAAAAAAUGAUGAUACUGCAAAUGCCCCAAGCAAGCAAGCAUGUAUAGAAAUAUAAGUUCCAUUUUUGUUUGUGGUUCUUUUGAGUAAGGAGGUUAUUAACUGUGUGCAAAGGGAACCAAAAGUGGACAAAAGGUCUUUAUAAAGAAUCAUUAAAGAAUGAAGUCUCCUACAUAACUAUUCUUUGUGUUUAUUGCUGCAAAGUGCUUCUCCCCACCCAAAUUGUUUUGGGCUUGUAAUUUUGAGUAACAAAUGAAAAUUAGAUAUAAGCUAGCUAGUCAGAGCGUGUGCGCAGCAUUUUCCACUUACUCUACCGUCUAUGUAACAAUAAAAUUAUUAGAAAGCAAAAUCAAUAUACUUUUUUUGGCAGAUAGGAAAUUUGGUAUACCAAAGUUCCAAGUUAAUUAUAACCUGACAAAGCCAACAGGUUGUAAACAAAAAUACCAGAAUUUAACCUAAUGAACGGGCAGUUUUUGAUUGUUUUCUAGGCAUACAUUAUUGUAUCUUAACAUAAAAACCUCAGCUUUUCUCCACUUGAUGUAUUGUAUUGAAAUCCAUUCUCAGUUAUAAACUGGAAUUUUCCUUGUCUUCCAUCAAUACUUAGGGUCUAAGAAAUGGAGAAAAUUUUGAAACAAACUAAUUUGAAUUCUUAUUUAACUGAGAACAGAAUUUACCUUCUACAAACAUAUCAGCUAAUUAGAAUACUGGAUUUACAGUAAGAGUAUUUAUUAUAGAAUUAUGUCAAAAUGAAAAUUUUAUUAUUGGACUCAACUGAACUGAAUGCGUGUCAUAUUGUACCUGAAGGUGUUAACUGAUGAUGAGAGGAGAAAGGUGUAUGAUAAUCAUGGAGAGGAAGGACUUAAAAAUAUGCAGAGUGGUGGAGGAGAUCCUUUUGACCCAUUCUCAAGGUAUUGUAGUGUCAAGUUCUAUGACCAGGGUUUUCAUUAAGAUUUCUAAUAGCAGGAGAGAGGUGUAAUGUUACAGGAGAAUAUUUGAAAGAGGCCCACAUCUUAAUAAAAAAUAGUCAUAAGCUAUUAAAAUGAAUUCUCUGGCUAACAUUUAAUGUUAGCCAGAGAAUUCAGCAUAGUAAACGGAGAAUUCUCUAAUCUCUGAUGCCUAAUGAAUACCCUGUAUGACAUACAAGAUAUAUUGUGGAUGUUGAUGCAGAGUCGAGGAAUGAUGGGGACUGACUGAAUCUUGGUCUUGUGGACUGCAAUAUUACCAAUGGCGUUAUGCAAAUUAAAAGAUUAAAAAAUUACCGGGUUUGCAAAUUUUAUUGAUGAGUGGAGUCAGUGUGACUUCUGCUUCACAAAUUUUGGAGUCAUUUUGGAAUAUUUGGAGUCAAGUAUCACAACGAACAAAGCCAUUUUUUCAGACUUCCCAGCACGUGGUCCUGGCAUGUAUACACUAUGGAGAGGGAUACUCAUGAUGGGAGUGGCUCCCUGUUUGUUACCGAAAAUUUCUGGGGUCGACAUGACUCCCUCUGUAACCUCAGUGGAGUCAUCUGAACAAUUUUGGCGUAAAAUACGCCAAAUUUGGCGUAUUUGCAAACCCAGAAUUAAUUCAAGAAACAAUACGAGCUCUCAGACACAAUAAACAUUUUUGGAACAAUUUUGCAAUGCAAGGCCAAGGAAUUGCUCACAGGUCUAUUUAUUCAUGUCAGUUAUAUCAUACUAUUUUUCAUUUGGCACUCAUAGUUUCUUUGGAGGGUUUGGCUUUCAUUUCGAUGGCGCGCAACAUUCUCAUGAAAGGGAAAUUCCCCGUGGAAGCGACAUUGUAAUGGAUCUGGAGGUCACGCUAGAAGAGCUUUAUAAUGGCAACUUUAUAGAGGUGAUUUCUUUAGUCAAUAGAAGAGAAUUAUACCAUAAAUAUCCUUAAUUUAAUGCAUUUGACAUCGAACAAAUGGAAUGCUAAUCUAGGGGCAUUUUUUGGGAUGCCUGUGUUUCACUGUGAGUCGAGAAAAUUCAUGUGUUUCUAGAAAGUUAUCUGGCCUCUUUGUUUUAGAGUUGUCCCUUCUUUACAGAUAACAACUAUCUUAUUUUGCUUUGUUUCUUUCAAAAUUCUCUCAUUUACCAUGUUUUUCUGCCAAAAAUGGCUUUCCUCUCUUGUUUCCUUGCUCUGCCCUCCCUUGUAAGCCCUUUGUAUUCUACUGCACCUAAUUUUCCCCUUACCCUCCCUUUUGAGUGUCUGCCACACAGGCUGUCAUUUCUCAAGAGUUUCUACUGUUUUUGUGGGAGCAGCAUAACACUUCUAACAACAUCUGAUAGGUAAUGCCCUUGCAAACACACUUUUUAAUCAGCUGAUUGCUCCUUGUUGAAUCAAAAAGUGCAUAAUGCCAUCCACCAGAUAAAUCUCUAUUCAGUGGAUAGCGCAAUUGGUUCCCCUAAUACUUAUCGGCUGGGUAGUGAUUUGUCGCGUGGAUAGCACUAUCCAACAUUUGAUCAACUGGGGCCUGAUUGCUCCUAUUUGAAUCAAUAUAUUGUUAUUUAAAUUUUUUCCCAUGCCACCCAGGUAUUGCGAUUUAAACCAGUUAAACAGACAAUUCCCGGAACAAGGAAGUGCAACUGUCGGCAAGAGAUGAGAACAACGCAGCUAGGGCCAGGGAGGUUCCAAAUGUCUCCAGUUGAUAUCUGUGAUGAGUGUCCUGCCGUCACUAUGGUUACAAAAGAGAAACUCUUAGAGGUUGAGGUAGAACCUGGUAUGCGUGAUGGCCAGGAGUAUCCAUUCAUUGCAGAGGGUGAGAAGAUGAUAUUGUUAAGUUACUCUUUAAACCUUUAAAUUUCAAGAGUGAACAACAGCAGUUCUUUUCUUAACGAUAUUAGAAAAUGUUAUGAGAAUAGAGAAGAUGAUCACCAAACGGAAAAUGUUUUGAUCUUUUGUCUCAAAUUCUCUCAGCUAAUUCCUAGAGGAAUUGUAUGGAGGUCAGUCAAGAGAAUUGUUAAGUGGAUAUUGGGGCUUCGAGCCAUAAAAUAAAGUUUUUAAUUAGGAGAAUUUGAAAUUCAAAACAUUGUCUGCAUUAAGCAUCCACAAAAUUCAAACAUUUUCAAAUUCCUGUUUAAUUGUGAAGUAUUAAGAACUGAUGUUCAAUAUCUCUGUUAUUUUGCAGGUGAGCCUCACAUUGAUGGUGAACCUGGUGAUUUGAAAUUCAUUAUCAGAGAACUAAGGUAUCAAUUGCACGCAGUUUUUUUUUAUUGUUUAAUUUGUAGUGCAUAAUUAUAGAUUUUUCUUGCUGCAUAAUGUAGCCUCCUGGAAACCUUGGCUCAAUUUAGGUUUCUGGGAAACUCCCCACCUACCCCUCCCCUAAGUCAUCACUAUUUUGCCCUAAGUGAGAAGUAUCUGUUGAUGUUAGCCUAGGGGAGGGGUAGGUGGGCAUUUUCCCUAAAACCUAAAUUGAUCCGAAACCUUUUUAUUGUAGCACUAGCCCACAAGUAAGAACCUACAUUUUUGUGCCAUUUGGGAAAUUUGCUUCAACCAAUCAGAAGCACUACCAAGAUCUGGUAGGAAACACUUCAUCAGUAUGGAGUUUCUGCGCUUGUUUCUGAGACGUCAUUUUGCAGGGAAACCAGUGGUGGUGUCAGAAAAUGUCCGCUACAGGGUGGCACUGUAUCAGUUUUGUUUGGAAUGUUUCUUAUUUUUUAAUACUGCUUCAGGCUUGUUGUUGUUGUUGUAGAAAUUAGUGUUAUCUUUUGUCAUUUUGUGGUGUAGACAUUGUUCAAUGUCUUUUCAAUCUAGUGGUACAGUGCAUUUCAUCUGGUGAUAAUCGAAUCAUCAGCAAAACCAAGAAACUACAUAUUUGUUGAAGUGAUCAUCAAAAAUUUAUUAUAGUUAUGUAGAACCCAUCCCCUGUCAGAACUGCCCAAGUAAGAAUGCUUAAACACACUGUUUGUUUGCCUCAACAGACAUGAUAGUUUUAAAAGAAAAGGGGAUGAUUUAUAUACAAAUGUGACCAUAACUUUACUUGAUGCUUUAAAUGGAUUUGAGAUGGACAUACCUCAUUUGGAUGGACACAAGGUAAAACUGCUUAUAAUACAGCUACUUCAAUAAAAGCUGUCAGAAUGCUUAGGUUACCAGACUGCAUUUGCCUUUUUGAAGCAAGAAGAGAACUGAACAGAAAUGCGUCCCGUUAUUGCUCCUGGAAUUGUUGCUGGAGAUGUGCUUGUCAGCCAUUGGCUAAUACCUGGUAAAAGACCCAGAAGUCCUUGUGAAAGUUAACUUGCUCCAGUUUCUUUCUUGUUUCUUAAGUGGCGAAUAGCAAUAAAAUUACUGUACUGUGUAUCAUCAGUUUUAAAAUUUGAGGCAAAGCAGCUGAGAGUUUCUAAACCUGAUAAUACACGACUGCGAGUUUUUAGAACGGCUUGAAAAUCUCUGGUAUAGAUCGACUCAUUCUUGCACUAAUACAAAAUUUUUAUGGGUUUGGGGUUAUUUUGGUCUUAAAAAUUGGAUGUUAAGUUUGGCUGUGUCCUUAUCACAUAUAAAGACCCUCAUUAAAUAUAAAUUUCUUUUAUUUUUUCUUUCUGAAUUAUUAAUGAGAUUCUGAAGUAUUGGGUAACUUCUUUGAAAACUUUACCAAACACAGCUUUAAAGCAAAGUAUUAUUCUUCUGUCAUGAAAUCACAAAAUGUUUAAUGUUUGGUAUGUUUCAAACCAUCCUAUGGCACUAAACAACCAAGAAGGAGGUUUGAUUUCAAAAUUGAAAAUGAUCUCCCGCUACCCACAUAUCCUCUUAGUCUUGUUGGUUGGGCUUGAGGCCUUGAAAUCUUGUCGCUAAUACAGGGUUGUCACUAAGAUUUUAAGUUGCCAGGUGAAUACAAGAAGUAGGCAGGGAAUCAAACACCUAGGGGCUUCUUUUGGUUCUACUUUUCUUCUAUUUUCCUUUGAAAGUAGCUGGGGGCCACAUAAUAGAAGCCGGAGAAAAUCCCCGGCCCACACCUCUUAAUGACAGCCCUGUAAUAAUACAACCACUAUAACCUUUGCCAUGAUUAUGAUUGAAGCUUGAGUUAAAAUAGUGUAGCGGAUAGGCCAGUUGCCUACAUGUACCAACGAAAUCCCACUGGCGAUGCCAUAUGUGGGUUGAGAAUAUAGUUGGUUCUUGCAUUUAAAUAGCCCCCAGGAGAUUUUUCCUUGGGUUCUCCAGUUUCCCCUACCCUCGAAAACCAACAUUUUCAAAUUCCAAUUUGAUGCAUAAAUAUUAUGGUCAACAAAGAACCACUACAAAAGUCAUUUAUGCAGUACCACUAAAUGAUUAUUUUUGUUAUUUAUUAUUGUUAUUAUUAUUUCAUUUCCUGUCAGGUACACUUAGUGCGAGAAAAAAUAACUUGGCCAGGAGCUCGUAUUAAAAAGAAAGAUGAAGGAAUGCCAAACUAUGAUAACAACAACGCUAAGGGUGAUCUUUAUAUUACAUUUGAUGUUGAAUUUCCAAGAGGAGGCCUCGAAGACAGUGAGAAAGAAGGUAUGUCCCACCAUAUUUUUUGGGUUACUAUGUCAGGAUGGUCUGCAUUUACAUUUAUUACUAAACAUAAAUUAAAAACAUGAGAAGGAAAACUAUAGACUAAACAGAGUGAGUGUUAAACACUGUUCACUAGACUCAUUACUGGUAUUUUUCAUAUCCAAUGUAUUUUUAUAGUUAGUAAAACAGUUAAUAAAAAAAUUGUUUUCUUCCUAAGAAACUACAGCGGAACAAAGUUUAAGAAAUGUCAAGGUAAUUGCAAGAAAUAAGUUGGCCAAAGUUUUUCAUCGUCCAAAACUAAAGUAGCACAGCUCAGCUUUUCACUACCAAGUAAAGAGAGAGAAUUAUACUAAAUAAAAGAAAAUACAGUAAUUAUUGAAGUUGAAUUGUUAAAUUAAGUCAUUAAUGUUGUUGUUAUCUGCAUUUUGUUUCAGCUCUCAAGACUAUUUUGAAGCAACAAUCUCAACAGAAGGCAUAUAAUGGACUUUAG